AUGUCUCGCCAAUCCACUGUAAGGUUCCAGAGGGGAAAACAGGGCUUCAGUGCCUCUUCUGCCAUCAUCCCAAACAGCUGCCGCACCAGCUACAGCUCAUGUUCUGUAUCCCGGGCUGGAGGUUGCGGUGCUGGUGCUGGUGCUGGAAGGGUUGUUGGCGGUGGCAGUUGCUUUGGUAGCAGAAGCCUCUACAAUCUAGGCGGAUCUAAAAGAAUCUCCAUGGCUGGAAGCAGCGGUGGCUUCCUGUGUGGUGCUCCAGGCCCAGCUGGCGUUGGCUACGGAUUCGGUUUCGGUGGCGGAGCAGGCGGCGGCUAUGGGUUAGCUGGCGCUGGGUUUGGUGGGGGAAGAGUUGGCCUUGGGUUCCCUGUUUGUCCACCUGGCGGGAUCCAAGAAGUAACCGUCAACAAGAGCCUUCUAACACCUCUCAACUUGGAAAUCGACCCCACCAUCCAGAGGGUGCGUAAAGAGGAGAAGGAGCAAAUCAAGACCCUCAACAACCAAUUUGCCUCCUUCAUCGACAAGGUCCGAUUCCUCGAGCAGCAAAAUAGGGUGCUGGAAACCAAAUGGAGCCUGCUGCAGGAACAGGGACAAAAAACCGUGAAAAACAACAUUGAGCCCCUCUUUGAAAAUUACAUCGGUAAUCUCAGGAGGCAGCUGAACAACCUGAUGAAUGAGAGAGGAAGACUUGAAGGGGAGCUGAACAACAUGCAAAACGUGGUGGAGGAUUUCAGGAACAGGUACGAAGAUGAAAUCAACAAGCGCACAACUGCCGAGAAUGACUUUGUGACACUCAAGAAGGAUGUGGAUGGUGCCUACAUGAACAAGGUGGAGCUGGCUGCCAAGGUGGACUCCCUGACUGAUGAGAUCAAUUUCUUGAGAGCCGUGUACGAAGAGGAACUGGCUCAGAUGCAGAUACAAAUCUCCAACACCUCUGUUGUUCUGUCUAUGGACAACAACCGAGACCUGGACCUGGACAGCAUCAUUGCUGAAGUCAAAGCGCAGUACGAGGAGAUCGCUAACAGGAGCCGAGCUGAGGCUGAAUCUUGGUACCAAACUAAGUAUGAAGAGCUGCAGGUUACCGCUGGCAGACACGGGGAUGACCUCCGCAACACCAAGCAUGAGAUCUCAGAGCUGAACCGAAUCGUCCAGAGACUACGGAAUGAAAUUGAAAAUGUGAAAAGACAGUGCGCCAACCUGCAAGCAGCCAUUGCUGAGGCUGAGGAACGCGGUGAACUGGCCCUCAAGGAUGCCCAGGGCAAACUGGCUGAGCUGGAGGAUGCCCUGCAGAAGGCCAAGGGAGAUUUGGCGCGUCAGCUGCGGGAGUACCAGGAGCUGAUGAAUGUCAAGCUGGCACUGGAUAUCGAAAUCGCUACCUACAGGAAGUUGCUAGAAGGAGAGGAGAGCAGGUUGUGUGGAGAUGGUGUAGGUGCAGUGAAUAUUUCUGUGGUCACCUCAAAUGUUGGAGGUGGCUAUGGAAGCAGAAGCGGUCUCGGCAUUGGAGGUGGAAGCGGUGUCUGCAUUGGAGGUGGAAGCGGCCUCAGCGUGGGAGGUGGAAGCAGUGUCUGCAUUGGAGGUGAAAGCAGUCUUGGCCUGGGAGGUGGGCUCAGCGUUGGAGGAAGCAGCUUCAGCUCUGGAAGCGGAAGAGGCAUCGGCGGGUUGAGCCUCGGAGGCGGAAGUGGCUCUAGCGUGAAAUUCGUCUCAACUACCUCUUCCACCAAAAGAAGCUACAGAAGCUAA